UUCCCAUAUGUAAUUUCAUUUUAAAACCAUCCUUUUUGUCAAAAUAGGAUAGAAAACACUUGGAAACAUGGCUGGAAAACCUAAGCUUCACUACUUCAAUACAAGAGGCCGAAUGGAACCCAUAAGAUGGCUGCUGGCUGCAGCUGGGAUUGAGUUUGAAGAACAAUAUAUCCAGUCAAAGGGAGAGCUAGAAAAGUUAAAGCAAGAUGGACUCCUGCUUUUCCAGCAAGUGCCCAUGGUGGAAAUUGAUGGGAUGAAGAUGGUGCAGACCCGAGCCAUUCUCAACUACAUUGCUGGGAAAUACAAUCUCUAUGGGAAGGACCUCAAGGAAAGAGCACUAAUUGAUAUGUACAGUGAAGGUGCUGUGGACCUGAAUGAAAUGAUCAUGAUCCUGCCCUUCAAACAAGGUGAUGCAAAGGAGAAAGAGAAGGAAAAGACAGCCAUCCUUGAGAAAGCCACUGGCAGAUAUUUCCCAGUCUUUGAAAAGGUCCUGAAAGAUCACGGACAAGAUUUUCUGGUUGGAAAUCAGCUCAGCAAAGCAGAUGUCCAGUUGCUUGAAGCCAUUUUAACAACAGAAGAGCUAAAGGCUGAUGUUCUCUCCAAAUUCCCUCUUUUAAAGGCUUAUAAAACACGAAUAAGCAACAUCCCAACCAUUAAGAAAUUUCUGCAGCCUGGUAGUCCAAGAAGACCAGCCCCUGAUGAAAAAACAGUUGAUGAUGUAAUGAAAAUUUUCUACUGAAUUGUUGCUGAUAGAUGGUGGAUGGUUCAUUAUUUUAGCUGCAAGCAAAAUGCAAAAAUUGGGAUGAAGCAGUUAUUUUAAUCAUUCCAAUAUCUACCUACAAUCAUAUAUGGGCACAAGGCCUGAAUAAAUUCACUUAACUACAUUAUGAAGCUCAAUUAAUAACAGAAUGUCAAGACUGACUGAAGAGAAACUGACAAUACUGUGACAUGUGUACCAUUAGACUAGCAUGAAAUAAAAUACAUCAUUUGUAUUUUA